ACCCCGGCAAUCUGAGCGUGAACCAGCUACGACUGGCUCUGUUAGUUCAUUUUUUAUAAAAUUUCACUUUUUAUCUUCAUUGAUUGGUUAAUGUGUUUGAGUUGAUUUAUGAAAAAAAUUGGGUUCUUUUUUCCUCCGGUGAAGACUAGAAUGACAGUGACAGAGAAGAUUCUUGCAAGAGCCUCUGAGAAACCACAGUUGAACCCACAGUUGAACCCAGGUGAUAAUGUUUGGGUUAAUGUUGAUAUUUUGAUGACAUGUGAUGUUGGUGGUCCUGGUUCCAUUGGUAUAUUCAAGAAAGAAUUUGGUGAAAAUGAAAAGUGAUGAACGUGUGAACCGUAAUGUGGAUAUUUUGAGGGAUUUCUGCACGGAGCAAAAUAUCAAGUAUUUUUAUGAUGUAAAAGAUCUUGGUAAUUUUAAGGCAAACCUUGAUUAUAAAGGAGUAUGCCAUGUUGCACUUGCCCAAGAGGGUCACUGCAGGCCUCCCCACCAUAACUACUGAAAUGCAAAACUUCAAUUCAUGUGUCAGACUUUGGAGCUGGUAUUAUCUUUUAUCUCUGCCUUCAGGUUUUACUAGGGAGGGAUUCUCACACCUGCACUGCCGGAGUAUUCGGUCAUUUUGCUACAGGAAUUGGACAUACAGAUGUAGGCUUUGUAUUAGGCACCGGGAAGCUUAUGCUAAAGGCGUGUUAAUUAUUCUUUGAUGUUUUACUUGAUUAAAAAAUGU